AUGUAUUCAUUACUUCUAUUGAUUGCCGUCUUCUCCCAACUCCACUAUGUGGCCAGUCUUCGAAUUGCUAGCUCUCUCCUUUGGAUAGAGCACACACCCCAACCCUAUGCCAUCAAAAACUUCUAUAACGGAAGCACAUCUGCGACACUAGUAUCUGGCAGUGUGGCUGACCUCGCCUCGAACAGGAAUUUCGAUCUCAGCGCCAACGCCGAAACUCAAGGCCUCAAACAGUACGCCAAUCAUCGUAACAUUCGCCUCAUCUAUGUCAUCUGCGAAGUCCCUUAUCGCCUCAUUGCCAAUAAGCAAAAGGGUAUUGCUAAGCUUGCAGAUCUAAAGGGCAAGAAGAUUGGCACAGUCAAGGGAUCGAGUGCAGGAGUCUUUGUACACAACAUGAUGAGUAGUGUGGGCGUGCAGGAUCGCGAAUACGAGGCUGUUGACGGGCUCUAUUGCAUGAAGGCUCCGUGCAAGAACGAUGCUCUCCCGAGCCUCCUCAAAAGUGGUAGUUUGGAUGCCUAUGGGAUCUGGGAAACGUCUGUCGAGCUCGGUGCUAUGGCUCUAGGGAACGAUGCCAUUAUUUUUCAAAACGCGUCAAUAUACAGAGAGGUCUACGCGUUAUACUCAACUACCGAGGCUCUUAGCAAUCCCUCCAAGCGCCGGGAUAUUGUAGAGUUUGUGAGGGCCCUUGACAAGACGCUGGACAUAUUUUCACAUCAGCCGAAGGAGAAGAACGUAUUUGACUAUGUGGCUAAGACUGUUGGCGCUGAUACGGAAGUUGUGGAGGCUGUUUGGAAGGAUCAUAAGUGGGAUGUACGAUGGGAUGAUGGGUUGAUUGACUUCCUGGUAGAAGAGGAUAGAUAUUUAGCAGGGCAGGAUAAUAGGAAGGUCACCCCAAGGAAGGAGUUGGAGAAGUUCCUGGAUUCGAGCAUUGUGCAUGAGCUAUAG